GGCUGAAACCGCCCACAUUUGGUCUUCCUUGUAUUCUUACGAGCUUUUGUUGAAAAAGAUCAAAGAGGAAGAAAUGCGUGAGAAUCCCAAGCUUACGAAUGCCUUCAAAGCAUCAAAGGACUCGUCUAGUGAAGAGUCAAGUGAAUCAAGUGAUGAUUCAAGUGACUCAAGCUCUUCGGAAGAGUCAAAUGAUGAAGAAGAUGAAGAGAAGGCAAUGAGAAUGAAAUAUACGGAUUUCCUCAAAUGGAAGAAAUGUGUGAAGAGGAAAGAAGUAUAUUCAAAUCCGAAGAAAGAGCGGCAUAAGCCAAGUCGGCUAUACUUAUCUUUGGGUACAGCCACCUGGAGCAGAUGGAGCAGCAAAGACAAUGGAGCAGCAAAGAACGUGAGGAGCGAUGGUGGCUAAAACGAUGGAGAAGCGAAGAUCUACAAGAGCAGCAAAGAAUUAUUUGAUUUGCACAAAAAAAUUGUUUUAGCUAAUUCAGUGAUUUAAUUUAGACUUUCUUCAACUCUUUGCUUUAUUUUGUUGUCAGGUAAAAAGUAAAAGGAAAAAAACGGAGUAUGAAGAAGAAGACGGUGUGGACACUUGCAGAUUGGCGUAAUGAUGAUGGGUUUUGACUUACUUUUGCAGAAAAGGGUGAAAUCGCGCCCCAAGAACAACACUUAGCUGGACCAUAUCCCAGGGCACCAGAGACUCCCCCAUUUUCAGAAGUAGUCGCCGCCACAUCAGUCGCUGCCAGAUUCCGAUCCUUGGUUAUUCUCCAAACUUCACAAAGUGCUCGCCACUUGGGCUCCCCGUGCGGUACUGUUUGAAGAAGAAAUUAAAAGGGUAAAAAUGGGAUGAAAGGAGGGAAAUGUUGAUCGAUGACAAGUUGAGAUGUAGAAGCAACAACAAAGGGAACCCUAGCUAUGGGCUAAGCUAAGCUAUAUACGGAGUAAAAGGAAGGGGAAGGGAUAUCAUUUCUCAAUGAUGGAUGUGAUGAGCUGCUGCGGGUAGCCAGAUUUUUACAUAUGCAUACACAGUUACAAAAUAAAACAAUAAAUACGUUAAUCUUUAAAUCGAUAUUGUUGUUCUUAAAAUUGUUGCAGGGAUCUCUAUAAUUAAUUUAAUGCAAGAGUACCUAAAAAUGAACUUUUCAAAGUAAAAUGUUCAUCCACGAAGACCAUCUCGAUUGAAUUUGUUGGUGUUAUACAACUCUAGGGGAAUUUGAGGUGGAAAAAAGGACAAUAUCCCUGUGAUAUUGAGUCAGCGGAAGAAGGGAGAACACUAAUAAACUGGAGUGCUUUAAUGCUCAUAAACUAAUCUAGCAAUACCAAGCCCAGCUACGCCUGUAAUAAAUUUUUCUGUUUUCACCCUGUACACAGAUACAUGCAUGGGCAAACAAUUUUUCUUAUUUGAAACGUACUACCGUAUGAACUCAAAAGGAAACAAAAAGUUCAAACAACAAAUAUAUAUAUCAAGAACAAUACCAAAACUAUUAAACUUCUAAAGAAUAUUAGAUCCCUCUCAUUACAAAAUGUAGUUCCCCUAAGCUUAAAGUUAAUAAACAAUUCGAGCUUAUCUUUGACAUCCGCAAGCAAAUUUUUACAUAAAUGUCUCGCACAGAUUUUUAAAUCUGUAUACAAAAUUACAGGAUAACACAAUAGAAACUUUAAUCUUGAAAUUGAUACGGUAGUACGGUUCAUCCACGAAGACCAUCUCGAUUAAAUUUGUUGGCCUUGUACAACUCUAGGGAGAUUUGAGGUGGAAAAGAGAAAAAGGACAAUAUACUAUAUAGAAUAAAACAAUAGAAACUUUAAUCUUGGAAUUGAUAUUGUUGUUCUUAAAAUUAUUGCGGGCAUCUCUAUGAUUAAUUUAAAGCAAGACUACCCAAAAAAUGAACUUUUCUAGCUUACAUGUUCAUCCACGAAGAUCAUCUUGAUUAAAUUUGUUAGCCUUAUACAACUCUAGGGAGAUUUCAGGUGGAAAAGAAAAAAAAGACAAUAUAUAUGUGAUGUUCAGAGUUAGCAAAAAAGGGAGAAAACUAAUGAAGUGGAGUGCUUGAAUGUUCGUAAACUAAUCCAGCAUCACCAAAUUAUAAAAUAUAUACUCUCUACUGUUUAAAAAAUUCCAUUAAGUACGAUCAAGAUUACAGACUUAUUAUUUUGGUUUACAUUAGUCUGGUGUAUGCAUAGUUAUUAAUGGCGAGGGGCGAGGGGCGGGCGAGAGGACCUUUUUUAUG